AUGCUACCAACCCAUCCCCUCCUCACACUAUCUCUCCUCCCCUUAACCUCAGCCUGGGAUUUCUACGCCAACCACACAAUCGGCUCCUGCGUCGAAGUCGAGUGCCCCGCCGCCGACCCUGCUGAAGCAAAAGGCCAGGUCCUCUCUGGAUGCCGCGUUCAAAACCAAAACCACCGCACCAUCGGCCUGCGCACCUUCUCCACAAAUAUCACUGAAAACACAUCUCAGAACCUCACCUGGACAGUCGGCAUGACACUCUACGACGGCAUCGACGCCCAAGGCCGCAACGCCAGCGGUACACGAACCGUCGAAAAAGACUAUUAUCUCGGCACGCCAGCGAAUCUGAAUCUGUCGAGGAGUGAUCUGCCGUACGAAGGCUGUACCUAUUACGCCGGAUCUACGAUUCAGAUGAUCAACGGCGUGGAUCUUGUUUUGACUUUGUUUUGGUCGCCGGAUGGUGAUGUGCAGGGGGCGUUGGAAGAGCCGGAUGUUGAUGUCGAGUGUUUGUGGCCGAUUGCGCUGAAUCAGCGAAUGCUGGAUACCCAGGCGGAUGGAGGGGCUGUGGGUGUAGGUUGGAGCUGGACUGCUGUUGUUGGUGCUGCUUGUGUGCUGUUUGCGGGUAUGCUUGUGUAG